AUGAGAAAAUUAUGCACAGUUCACUUGUUGAGUAACCACAAGAUUAACUCGUAUCGAUCAACGAGAAGUGAAAAAGUUGCCCUUAUGAUCAAAUCAAUUAAACCAUCAGCUCAAGAUGGUGGUGUUGUUGAUCUUAGUGCUAAGGCAUCAGACAAGAAGAAAACUAAGGAUUUUGUUGAUACUAUGAUGUCCAUUAUGCAAUCUGGAGAAGCAAAGUUCCAGUUUGAUCGUCGCCAUGUCAAAGCUGUCCUGCUGGACAUGCUUGUAGCAUCAAUAGAUACAUCAUCAACUUCAGUGGAGUGGAUGCUCUCCGAACAUCUCAAGAAUCCUAAUGUAAUGGAAAAAGUCCAAAAAGAGUUAGAAGAAGUAGUUGGCCUAAACAGAAUGAUGGAAGAAUCAGACUUAGACAAUUUGAAAUACUUAAACAUGGUCUUCAAGGAGUCAUUUAGGUUACAUGCUGCAGCCCCAUUACUACUUCAUGAAGCAAUGGAAGAUUGUAUAGUAGAUGAUUUCUACAUACAAAAAGGAUCACAAGCUAUCGUCAAUUCAUAUUCAAUUCAUAUGGAUCCUAAUGUUUGGACUGAGGCUAACAAAUUUUUGCCGGAAAGGUUUCUUGAAAGUAACGUAGACGUUCGUGGACGUGACUUUCAACUUUUACCAUUUGGUUAUGGAAGAAGAAAUUGUCCGAGGAUGCAUUUGGCGUUGAUUAUUGUAUGUUUGGUCGUCGCGCAAUUAGUUCACUGCUUUGAUUUGGACAUGACUGAGAAAUUUGGUAUUGUGACUGGUAGAGCCAAGCAUUUGAUGGCUAUUCCUACUUAUAGGCUACACAACUGA